AUGUCUCAGCGAGUGGGGCAGGAUGACCCCGAGCGAUACCUCUUCGUGGACCGCGAUGUGGUCUACAAUCCCGCCACGCAGGCUGACUGGACGGCCAAGAAGCUGGUGUGGGUGCCGUCGGAACGGCAUGGGUUUGAGGCAGCCAGCAUCAAGGAGGAGCGAGGCGACGAGGUGGUGGUGGAGCUAGCUGAGAACGGCAAGAAGGCCAUGGUGAACAAGGAUGACAUCCAGAAGAUGAACCCACCCAAGUUCUCCAAGGUGGAAGACAUGGCGGAACUGACCUGCCUCAACGAGGCCUCCGUCCUGCACAACCUGAAGGACAGAUAUUACUCGGGACUCAUCUAUACUUACUCCGGGUUAUUCUGCGUGGUGAUCAACCCCUACAAGAACCUCCCCAUCUACUCCGAAAAUAUCAUUGAGAUGUACCGGGGGAAGAAGCGCCACGAGAUGCCGCCACACAUCUACGCCAUAUCGGAGUCCGCCUACCGCUGCAUGCUCCAAGAUCGUGAGGACCAAUCAAUACUUUGCACAGGUGAAUCCGGAGCUGGAAAGACAGAAAAUACCAAGAAAGUCAUCCAGUACUUGGCUCAUGUGGCAUCUUCACAUAAAGGAAAGAAGGACCAUACGAUUCCUACGGAAUCCCCUAAACCCAUCAAACAUCAGAGUGGAUCCUUGUUGUAUGGGGAGCUAGAGCGCCAGCUGCUGCAAGCGAACCCCAUCUUGGAGUCUUUCGGGAAUGCCAAGACAGUCAAGAACGACAACUCGUCCCGUUUUGGCAAGUUCAUCCGGAUAAACUUUGAUGUGACCGGUUACAUCGUAGGGGCCAAUAUCGAGACCUACUUGCUAGAGAAAUCUCGAGCAAUCCGACAAGCCAAGGACGAGAGGACCUUUCACAUCUUCUACCAGCUGCUCGCAGGGUCUGGAGAACACCUGAAAUCGGAUCUGCUGCUGGAGGGCUUCAACAACUACAAAUUUGUCUCUAAUGGCUACCUACCUAUCCCCGGGCAGCAGGACAAGGACAACUUUCAGGAGACCAUGGAAGCGAUGCACAUCAUGGGCUUCUCUCAUGAUGAGAUACUGUCGAUGCUCAAGGUCGUUUCUUCAGUCCUUCAAUUUGGAAACAUUGUCUUCAAGAAGGAGAGGAACACAGACCAGGCGUCCAUGCCGGAGAACACAGCUGCACAGAAGCUCUGCCAUCUUCUGGGCAUGAACGUCAUGGAGUUUACCCGGGCCAUCCUCACUCCACGUAUCAAAGUGGGCCGGGACUACGUGCAGAAGGCACAGACAAAGGAGCAGGCGGACUUUGCCAUAGAAGCUUUGGCCAAAGCGACCUACGAGCGACUCUUCCGCUGGCUGGUCCAUCGGAUCAACAAAGCGUUGGACCGCACCAAGCGCCAAGGAGCCUCUUUUAUCGGCAUCCUGGAUAUUGCUGGCUUUGAGAUCUUUGAGCUGAACUCAUUUGAACAGCUCUGCAUUAACUACACAAACGAGAAGCUGCAGCAGCUCUUCAACCACACCAUGUUCAUCCUGGAGCAGGAGGAGUACCAGCGCGAGGGCAUCGAGUGGAACUUCAUCGACUUCGGCCUGGACUUACAGCCCUGCAUUGACCUCAUCGAGAGGCCGGCUAACCCUCCUGGAGUCCUGGCUCUGCUGGAUGAAGAGUGCUGGUUCCCCAAAGCCACAGACAAGACUUUUGUGGACAAGCUGGUCCAGGAACAGGGCACCCACUCCAAAUUCCAGAAGCCGCGGCAACUGAAGGACAAGGCUGACUUCUGCAUCAUCCAUUAUGCUGGCAGGGUGGAUUACAAAGCUGACGAAUGGCUCAUGAAGAACAUGGAUCCCCUGAAUGACAACGUGGCCACCCUGCUUCACCAGUCCACAGACAAGUUUGUGGCGGAGCUCUGGAAGGACGUGGAUCGUAUUGUUGGCCUGGACCAGGUGGCUGGAAUGACAGAGACGGCCUUUGGUUCUGCAUACAAAACCAAGAAGGGCAUGUUCAGGACCGUGGGGCAGCUGUACAAGGAGUCACUGACCAAACUCAUGGCGACGCUCCGUAAUACCAACCCCAACUUUGUGCGCUGUAUAAUCCCCAACCACGAGAAGCGGGCCGGUAAGCUGGACCCUCACCUGGUACUAGACCAGCUAAGGUGUAAUGGUGUCCUGGAAGGUAUCCGUAUCUGCCGCCAGGGAUUCCCCAACCGAAUAGUCUUCCAGGAGUUCAGACAAAGAUAUGAAAUUCUUACCCCCAACGCCAUACCUAAAGGAUUCAUGGACGGGAAGCAAGCUUGUGAGCGGAUGAUCCGGGCUCUUGAGCUGGAUCCAAACCUUUUCCGGAUCGGCCAGAGUAAGAUCUUCUUCCGUGCGGGUGUGCUGGCGCACCUGGAGGAGGAGAGGGACCUCAAGAUAACUGAUAUCAUUAUCUACUUCCAAGCGGUGUGCAGAGGUUACAUCGCCAGAAAGGCCUUCGCCAAGAAGCAGCAGCAGCUGAGCGCCCUGAAGGUACUACAGAGAAACUGCGCAGCCUACCUGAAACUGCGGCACUGGCAGUGGUGGAGAUUGUUCACCAAGGUAAAACCACUCCUGCAAGUUACCAGACAAGAAGAAGAGCUUUUGGCCAAAGACGAAGAACUGUUGAAGGUGAAGGAGAAGCAAUCUAAAGCGGAGGGAGAAAUUGUGGAGAUGGAGAGGAAGCACCAGCAACUGGCAGAGGAGAAGAACAUCCUGGCGGAGCAGCUCCAAGCCGAGACAGAGCUGUUUGCAGAGGCUGAGGAGAUGAGGGCCCGUCUCGCUGUAAAGAAACAGGAACUGGAAGAGAUCUUGAGAGAUCUAGAAAUCCGUAUGGAGGAAGAGGAGGAGAGGAACCAGGUCCUGCAGAAUGAGAAGAAAAAGAUGCAAACUCACAUCCAGGACCUGGAGGAACAGUUGGAUGAGGAGGAAGCAGCUCGACAGAAGCUACAGCUGGAGAAAGUGACGGCAGAGGCCAAGAUAAAGAAGAUGGAAGAGGAUAUUCUGCUGCUGGAGGACCAGAACUCAAAGUUUAUUAAGGAGAAAAAGUUAACGGAAGAGAGGAUUUCAGAAUGCACAGCUCAGCUAGCGGAGGAAGAGGAGAAGGCCAAGAACCUGGCCAAACUGAAGAACAAGCAGGAGAUGAUGAUCUCUGAUCUAGAAGAGAGGUUAAAAAAGGAGGAAAAGACGCGUCAGGAGUUGGAGAAGGCCAAGCGGAAGCUUGACGGAGAGACCACCGACCUACAGGACCAAAUAGCUGAGCUCCAGGCACAGAUUGAAGAACUGAAGCUACAGCUAGCCAAGAAGGAGGAGGAGCUGCAGGCUGCGUUAGCAAGAGGAGAUGAUGAAGUGGUUCAGAAGAAUAAUGCUCUAAAGUUGGUGCGGGAGUUGCAGGCGCAGAUCGCUGAGUUACAGGAAGACCUGGAGUCCGAGAAGGCUUCUCGUAACAAAGCGGAGAAACAGAAGCGAGACCUAAGCGAGGAGCUGGAGGCCCUGAAAACCGAGCUGGAGGACACUCUGGACACAACGGCCGCCCAGCAGGAGCUCAGGACCAAGCGUGAGCAGGAAGUGGCCGAACUGAAGAAAAGCAUUGAAGAGGAGACUAAGAACCACGAAGCCCAAAUUCAGGAGAUGAGGCAGCGGCAGGCCACAGCCUUGGAGGAGCUAUCUGAGCAAUUAGAACAAGCCAAGAGGUUUAAGGUGAAUCUAGAAAAGAACAAGCAGACCCUGGAAUCUGAUAACAAGGAGAUGGCCGGGGAGGUGAAGGUCCUGCAGCAGCAGAAAUCAGAGUCCGAAUACAAGAGGAAGAAGCUGGAGGCACAGGUGCAAGAGUUCCAUACCAAAGUGUCAGAAGGGGACAGGCUGCGGGCUGAACUUGGGGAAAAGAGCAGUAAGCUACAGAAUGAGUUGGAUAAUGUCUCAAGUCUCCUUGAGGAAGCUGAGAAGAAGGGUAUUAAGCUGGUGAAGGAUGUUGCUGGUCUGGAGUCACAGCUGCAGGACACUCAGGAGCUGCUCCAGGAGGAGACUCGACAGAAGCUAAACCUCAGCAGCCGUAUUCGACAGCUGGAAGAAGAGAAGAACAAUCUGCAAGAGCAGCAGGAGGAAGAGGAGGAGGCCAGGAAAGCCUUCGAGAAGCAGAUCCUCACCCUUCAGGCACAGCUUACAGAUGCCAAGAAAAGGGUGGAGGAUGAUGUGGGAACAAUAGAGGGACUGGAAGAGGUCAAGAAGAAACUGUUGAAAGACAUGGAGUUGAUGGGUCAGCGCCUGGAGGAAAAAUGUCUGGCCUACGAAAAGUUGGAGAAAACCAAGAACAGACUUCAGCAAGAGUUGGAUGAUCUGAUUGUGGACCUGGACCACCAGAGGCAAAUUGUGUCAAACCUGGAGAAGAAACAGAAGAAGUUUGACCAGCUCCUUGCUGAAGAGAAAAACAUCUCUGCCCGAUGUGCCGAAGAACGUGACCGAGCGGAAGCUGAUGCUCGGGAGAAGGAGACCAAGGCCCUCUCUUUGGCUAGGACCCUUGAAGAAGCGCUUGAGGCUCGAGAUGAAUUUGAGAGGCUGAAUAAGCAACUUAGAGCAGAGAUGGAGGAUCUCAUGAGCUCAAAGGAUGACGUCGGGAAGAACGUCCAUGAGUUGGAGAAGUCUAAGCGUACUCUCGAGCAGCAGGUGGAAGAAAUGAGGACUCAGCUUGAAGAGUUAGAGGAUGAACUUCAGGGCACAGAAGAUGCUAAGCUUAGAUUGGAGGUCAACAUGCAGGCCAUGAAAGCACAAUUUGAACGUGACCUACAGGCACGCGAUGAGCAAAAUGAAGAGAAGAAACGCAUGCUAGUGAAGCAGGUAAGAGAAAUGGAAGCAGAGUUGGAAGAUGAACGUAAGCAGCGAGCACUGGCUGUUGCCGCCAAGAAGAAGCUGGAAAUGGAUUUGAAGGAUCUAGAGUCACAAAUAGAGGCGGCAAAUAAGGGCCGGGAAGAUGCCAUCAAACAGCUCCGUAAGCUCCAGGCACAAAUGAAGGAUUACCAACGGGAACUAGAAGAGGCAAGAGCUUCUCGAGAUGACAUAUUUGCUCAAUCAAAGGAAAAUGAGAAGAAGCUGAAGAAUCUAGAGGCAGAAAUUCUCCAACUUCAAGAGGAACUUGCAGCUUCUGAGCGAUCCAGACGUCAUGCAGAGCAGGAAAGGGAUGAGCUGGCUGAUGAGAUCUCAAACAGCACCUCAGGAAAGUCUGCUCUCUUGGAUGAAAAAAGACGUUUGGAAGCCAGGAUUUCUCAACUUGAGGAAGAGUUGGAAGAGGAGCAGAGCAACAUGGAGCUUCUAAAUGACAGAUUCCGCAAAACCACUCUCCAGGUGGACACUCUCAAUGCUGAGCUGGCCGGGGAGCGCAGUUCAGCCCAGAAGAGUGAAAACGCACGGCAGCAACUGGAGCGACAAAACAAGGAGCUGAAAGCCAAACUUCAGGAACUGGAAGGGACCGUGAAGUCCAAGUUUAAAGCCACUAUUGCCACCCUAGAAUCAAAGAUCGCACAGCUUGAGGAGCAGCUGGAACAGGAGGCCAAAGAGCGAGCCGCAUCCAACAAGCUUGUGCGCAGAACCGAGAAGAAACUAAAAGAAGUCUUCAUGCAAGUGGAAGAUGAAAGGCGACAUGCGGACCAGUACAAAGAGCAGAUGGAAAAAGCCAACGUCCGCAUGAAGCAACUGAAAAGGCAACUGGAGGAAGCAGAAGAGGAAGCGACUCGUGCAAACGCCUCAAGGCGCAAGUUGCAGCGGGAGCUGGAUGAUGCAUCGGAAGCCAAUGAGGGUCUGGUCCGUGAAGUGUCCACUCUUAAGAACAGGCUGAGGAGGGGUGGUCCUAUGUCCUUCUCAACAUCUUCCAGCCGUUCCGGUCGCCGUCAGCUCCAGAUAGAGGGCGCAUCCCUCGAUCUCUCAGAUGAAGAGACGGAGAGUAAAACCAAUGAGAUCAACGAGACGUCUGCUUCUUCCCCAGCCGAGUGAUUUCCUUCCCCAGCAUUCCUCUGCCCGAGCCAGGGCCGCCUAGGGAGCAAGAAUGAAGGGACAUUAAGGUGCUCAUAGGAGCACCAAGGGGUCAGCCUGUCUGGAGGAGCUUGUAUCGUACUUCUCUCCAGACAGCUUUGGUCUUUCUAACUCUAAAACACAAAUCCGUUUUGAACCACUUUCCUGCAGAAUUUCUUGAUAUCUGCAGGAACGAGGUGAAGACCACCUUCCUUCACCCCCCCAUACACAGAAGGCAGGCAAGAGAUUUACUUAUUCCGACUCUUUUCUUUAAAGGCGUCUGUUUUAAGACUUUUUUUUUUUUUUCUUUUUCUUUUUUCUUUUUCUUUCUAGCAUCAUGUGGAUAAACAAAGCCUACACUACAUGUCCUUUAUCCCAUGUGGGCAACAACGGGGGUGAAGGGAAAAUGUGUGAUUCCUACCCCAUUUUGCAUGUUGUAUCUGGUCCCGCUCUCUUCCAGUCUGUGGUGGACUGCAGAACAGAAGUUUUAUGACUAAACUGUGAAUCUGCCAGACUUUAUCAUUUCUUGUUAACUGUAGGAAUCUGGGUCGGGCACAGACUGUAUGGGGGAGGUUUUAUUUUUUUCGCCUGGCACCAGUUACUCCGCUUUCUGCCAACAUUGUGACGUUGGCAGUUUGGAUUAAUUAUAUCCAAAUUGCAUUUCAAUUCGCGAUUAGCACUUUGUUCAGACCCCACUUUGCGAUUUUUAAAAACCUAAAAAAAAGGAUAAAAAAAUAUCUAAUGACUUAAAAGGUGCCUUAGACACUUAGUCAGUGGAGAACAUCAAAAGACAUAUCCACUCCUCCCAGCAGAUUGAAUGAGGUUAUUACGUUACUGUACAUUAUAUCACUAGGAAGUCGAAGUCAGUAUUACUCGGAACACGUGCUGGACAUAUCAUGUUUUAUUUUAUUUUAUUUUUUGUAUUAAAAGCUUCAUACUCUCCAGGUUAAGAAGGGGUGUUGUCGCCCCCUUCUGGACCAAAGAGGGUUAAUACAGGUUAUCUCUAUGUGCGCAUAAAAUGUCUGUCCAAUUAUUAUUAUAUAUUUUUUUUUAAUACAUAACGGCUGCCUAAAUCACCCGCCCAUCCCCCCCGGGAUCUCUCUUUUCCUCCUCACCCCCGUGUAUAUCCCAUAUUUCUAGACGAUGAAUUUUGUAAGACAAUAAACGUAUACAUUAUAGAA